UAAAAGAUGAAGAAGACACACUGCGACCAAAUUCAAAUUUGAAGGCGGUGGAUGUGUUCAGUGUUCGCCUCGGGCGGGAUAUUUCAUUAUUCUCAUUUAAGCAGUUUCCCUACUGUGAUUAUUUAGAGGUGGUGCACACCUAAAGGAAAAACGAUGGCGAGCCGAAGAAGUGAAGCCCUGGCUUCUUCCCUCGUAACCGGCAUCAAUCACGCCAUGGCGAGGCUGGUGGACAUCUGGGACAGUAUCGGCAUCAUGGAGGACCAGAGGAUCGAAAGGAUGCAGACUGUUAAGAAAUAUAUUGAGGACCUUUUGACGGACAUGAUCACUGAAGAGGAGUCGCUGAGACAUCGCAUCAAAACCAGCAUCAUUACGACUCAGAAGCAGUUGGAGACGCUGUGUCUCGAGUUGUCUAUUGAACCGUAUAAAUUAGAGGAAGACCUGACGGUUCUUCAGAUAGAGAAGAACCUGCGCUGUCGCCUGGAGGCUCUGCAGAAGGAAAAGAGUGAGCGUCUGCGGGAGCUGAGUGAUCUUAGGCAGCAGGAUGAGGAGCUGUGUGUGACGCUGUGUGCUACACCCUACUACAUCCCCACUGGCAGCAUGCCCUCUCACACACAGCUGCAGGAGCUCCGUGAGCACAUCAAGCAGCUCAGCGAGGAAAAAGAGAGCAGGGUGAAGGUGUUCUCUGGGCUCCGGGAGGACAUCAGAACUCUGAUGGAUGAAAUGGGCCACGAGCCGGAAACCAGUCUGGAGCGAGAGUCUGUCUGUCCCGACACGGACAUCUUCCUGCUCACACACGAAAACAUCAAAGCUCUCAAGCUGUUGCUCAGUCAGCUGGAAAUGAAGAAGGAAUCUCUGAUUUCCUCCCGGGACAAACUGAAGGAUCGUGCUACGAGCCUGUGGAAUCGCCUGAGCUGUCCGGACGAGGAGGCAGAGGAAUUCAAACAGGAGCCACUGAACACUCUCUGUGAUGACAUCAGAAGGUGGCAGGGUGUGGUAGAUCGUCUGGAGCUGCUCCAGAAGACCAAGCUGGAGGAGGUGAUAGAUAAAGUACGACAAGAGCUGGUGGUCUUCUGGGACAAGUGCAUGUUCGGGCCAGAACAGCGAGAACCUUUCAAUGUCCACUUCUGUGAUGCUAAUUACACAGAGGAGCUGCUCAGCCUGCAUGACUGCGAGCUGCUGAAGGUGAAGGAGUUUUAUGAGAAGGCACAUCCUUUACUGGAGAACAUUGAGAAAUGGGAGAGGAACUGGGCUCUCUUCCAGGAUUUCGAGAGAAAGGCAGCAGAUCCGAAUCGCUUCUCCAACAGAGGAGGCGCUUUACUGAAGGAGAGCAAGGACAGAGCGAAAGUGCAGAAGCUGCUCCCUAAGCUAGAGGAAGAUCUGAAAUGCCGUGUGGAGGCUUGGGAAAAUGAUCAGGGUUCUACGUUUCUGAUGAAAGGACAGAGGGUGAUGGACUACAUCUCUAAACAGUGGGAAGAGCAUCGUUCACAGAAAGACAAAGAAAAGAAUGAUCGUAUGAAUAAGAAAGGAGACAGCACUCAGUUUAAAACCCCGAAUAAGAGACCUCAUGGAGCAGCCAACAGCAGCGUGACCCCCAGCAAGAUACGGAAGACUCCUAAUCAGCCUUCGCUGCGCACCACCACGAUGAGCAGCAGCACCAGCAGUGCGUCCAGCACGUUUCUGUGUGUACCCGGCAAGCCUCCACUCUCAGCCAGGCCUAGGAUUAAAACUUUCGAGGCAAGCUCAGCCCCUCGGACACCACUGCAGGAGUGCAACAGCGAUAAGAAUCUCAUCCCUUUCUCCUACUCUGACUUUACAAGUGAGUUAUCCAGAAAGGCCAAUCACGAUGCUGUUCUGAACUCCACUGUUAAAGAUGUGCUGUAAUUCACCUUCAAAAUGUGUGUCAUUUCAUUUUAGGUCAAAUUCUUAUGUGCAGCUACUAUAUUUAAGGCAUGGAUUCCUAAGGCAUUUCUUUUUCUUAGGUGAUGUUUGUAUUUACAUUUGUAUGUAUCAUGGAUUCAAGCGCUUUGCUUUUUUAGCAGUUUUUUUUCCCCCCCAGUUUUAUCAUUUUCUAUCAGGUUUAUAUACUCUUUUAUAGGGUCAUGCAAUGUAUUCUAUACAUUGCAACUAUUUCACAUGCUUUUAAGCUGAGCACCUUAAAAGUACACAUAUAUCUAUUACAAUUGUGUAUUUUGUUCUCAUAAAAGCCAAAUAAAUAUCUAAAUUUGUGUCUUUA